GCGAGUGACACAAGUGACAGCGGGGACUCGCUGUGGUGCCCAGAUGCCCCAGAGCUGCGCCAAGCCCUCGGACAUGGCCGAGCUCGUCAGCAGCCAGGCCUGGAUGGGCGACGUGCCGGCAGCCAAGGCCGAGCUGAAGGAGGGGGACACCAGGAGCGCUCCCUUCGCGCCGGUGCCGGCCCUGGAGGAGCACGACAGCGUGGAGGAGGAGGAGGAGGAGGAAGAGGACGGCGAGAAGCCCAAGAGGAGGGGCCCGAAGAAGAAGAAGAUGACCAAGGCCAGGCUGGAGCGGUUCCGCGCGCGGCGGGUCAAGGCCAACGCCCGCGAGCGCACGCGGAUGCACGGCCUGAACGACGCCCUGGACAACCUGCGCAGGGUCAUGCCCUGCUACUCCAAAACCCAGAAGCUCUCCAAGAUCGAGACACUGCGGCUGGCCAGGAACUACAUCUGGGCCCUGUCCGAGGUGCUGGAGACGGGGCAGACACCCGAGGGGAAGAGCUUCGUGGAGAUGCUGUGCAAGGGGCUCUCGCAGCCCACCAGCAACCUGGUGGCCGGCUGCCUGCAGCUGGGAGCGCAGCCGCUCUUCCUGGAGAAGCACGAGGAGAAGCCCUGCGAGGCAGCCCUGCCUGGCCACUCCUUCGGCUACCAGGGGCUGCCCAGCCCCCCCUACGGCUCCAUGGAGUCCCACCUGCUGCACCUGAAGCCGCCGGCCUUCAAGAGCCUGGUGGAGGCUUCCUUCGGGAGCCACCCCUCUGACUGCUCCACGCCCCCCUACGAGGGGCCCCUGACGCCGCCCCUGAGCAUCAGCGGGAACUUCUCCCUGAAGCAGGACGGCUCCCCGGAGCUGGAGAAGUCCUACCCGCCCUUCAUGGCCCACUACCCCUCGGUCAGCCUGGCCGGAGCCCACGGCCACGGCUCGCACUUCCAGGGCUCCGUGCCCCGCUACGAGAUCCCGCUGGACGUCGCCUUCGAGUCCUUCCCGCCGCACGUGGCCGGGCCCCAGCUCGGCGCCAUCUUCAACGAGUAG